ACACCUCUCAUGUGCCACUGAAAUGGAGAGAUGCAGGUUAUUUUGCCCUCUGUAGGGGAUUAUCUAGGGCUAAACUAGGGGACGGACAAAUAGCAAAGCCAACCUCACUCCAGCCAGUCUAGGGGCACAGAUAGCCAUCUGUCGAUUCUCUGUGCAAUAACUGACAACAAAGGGGGUCAAACAUUUAACGACGACUGUAAAACUAGAGGACUACUCAUUCUGGAGGGACGAGGAAGAGGAACUAAUAUUUAUACUAAAACAGCAGGUGUGGCAUGGCGGCAAAGCUGUAUCUUCAUCAAUUGGUGUAUGCGUAGAGAUCCUAUUAAACUAUAGUGUUGUAUGAGUGUCUAGUCCGUUGAUAAGUGUGAAUAUGUCUGACAAGGAAGAUGGGGCCACAGGGGGGGGGCUGAAUGUUACCCUCACGUUUCGGCUUCUCAUGCAUGGGAAGGAAGUGGGCAGCAUAAUUGGAAAGAAAGGGGAAACCGUCAAAAAGAUGAGAGAGGAGAGUGGCGCUCGCAUCAACAUUUCAGAGGGAUCUUCUCCAGAGAGGAUUGUUACCAUCACAGGACCAACAGAGGGCAUCUUCAGAGCUUUCUCUAUGAUCGCUGAGAAGUUUGAGGAGGACAUUACAGCUGCAAUGACAAACAGCACUGUAACAAGCCAUCCUCCAGUGACACUCCGCCUUGUGUUCCCAGGCAGUCAAUGUGGCUCCUUGAUAGGCAAAGGAGGCUCCAAGAUCAAGGAGAUCCGAGAGACCACAGGUGCUCAGGUGCAGGUGGCAGGGGACAUGCUGCCGGAAUCCACUGAGAGAGCUGUCACUAUCUCAGGCACUCCUCAGGCCAUCACGCAGUGUGUCAGACACAUCUGCUCUGUCAUGCUGGAGUCACCCCCCAAAGGAGCAACAAUCCCAUAUUGCCCCAAGACCAUGCCUGGAGCUGGCCAUCCAGUAUUUCAACAACAACAACAACAUGCCUCACAAGCCUUCACAAUUCAAGGACAGUAUGCUUUUCCACAUCAAGAUUUGACCAAGCUUCACCAGUUGGCUAUGCAGCAUAUCCCCCUCCCUUCCCUUGGGCAGAGCAACCCUACCUUCCCUGGAAUGGGUGCCUCUGUCCCCACCAGUUCUCAGGAGCUGGCAAUACCCAAUGAACUUAUUGGCUCCAUAAUUGGCAGACACGGCAGCAAGGUCAAUGAGAUUCGCCAGGUGUCAGGAGCUCACAUUAAGAUAGCCAGUGCCACGGACGGAUCGGCCAUGCGCCAAGUCACGAUCAUAGGCUCUCCGACCAGCAUCAAUGUGGCACACUACCUCAUCAAUGCCAGCUUAGAGAUGGCUAAAUACACCAUGCAUGCUGCUUCCUCUGCAUCACCUGUUGACCUCAACAACAUGAGCUUCUCUCAGUCUGUUCCCACUGUCUCCACACCAUCCUCUAUGGCUGUCAUGGCUGCCACUACCCAAGUCCCUGGCACCAUGAACAUGCACUCCCCCUCCACCUUACAGUCUAUCCCCACCCAGCACUAUGCUGUCCCCGUUUCCAGUCUACUUGGCAUGAAAACGCUCCCUAUGCUGGCUAUGCACCCGGCAGCUGCCUCAGGCCUUCCACAAGGUCUAUCCCCUUACAGCACUAAAGUACCUACUGCUGGCAUGAAAAAAUCUGACCGCCAGAAAUUUGCCCCAUAUUGACUUAAUAGGAUAAGAAUUGAAUCCCCCAUCCAAAAAUGUGUUUGGGGUCAGUACUGCAUUACACUUGUUCCCUGUUGCAAAGCUUGAUUAAGUUAUAUUGACUAUGAUUAAGGAUAUCUCUACUGAUAAUGAAACCUGACAUUCAGCUACUUUAGUGUAUCAGUACAAUUGUUUGCAACUGUAAGUGAAGCUAAAUACCUCCUAGUGUAUCUGAACAUACAUAAGAAUACACAGCCAUUUAUCAGGCUUACAGUAUGUGAUGCACAGAAACAGCUGAUACUUCCAAUAUAACAAUUUUCUCAGAUAGAAUGUACUGUACUUUGUUUGGUAUCAAUGUAAGUAGUUGACCAAUGAUGUUCUUAGGAAAAGUCCAGUUUCAAACAGGAAUUGACGCUGUAGCAGCUGCAUACUGUUGGUAGGGUUACUUGUUUUAUAAAGUAGUUAUUACUGUGAUGUUUACUGUAACAAGGGUUGUUCCACUCUUAUUCCGCUGUCAUAUUUCCUCAUCUCCUCCAAUAGGCUCUCAUCAGUGGUAACAGGCUUGGGUGUUCUGUAGUGUUGUUGUUGCAUAUGCAGUGCUGAAAGGAUUACCAGGAAGCCAUAUUGGAUUCUUGUGGCUUUGACAAUACACAAGAAUCCUGUAGAGUGGGACUGUCCUAACUAACUCCUAUAGUGCUGUUUUUGUGACUUGGUUUUCUCAGAACUGAAGUCCAAGUGAACAGAACUCUACAGUCCAAUUCAUAUUCUACUCUGCUCUCAGUGUAUGUGAUUGAUGCAGCACAAUAUUGUAACAACGUUACAUUUAUGCUUGUGUUUUUAAUUAGGGUCUACCCUUAGUUUUGUUGAUGAGCUAUUCCAAUUUAUUAUAUUUAUGACAACGUACAUAAUGUAUUUUAAAUAAAUUGAGCCUUUUGUGAAUACAAAUGGGUAUUUUUUAUAUUUUUUAUUGUGCAGCAAAAUUAAACAAUUCACACACUUGAGGGUAGGUUACCCUGAAUUUGAAUAAUUCUUGUUUUGAUAAAGUGGGUAUCAUAAGUAUUCACCCCCUUUGGAUUUUUUUCACAUUUUGUUGUGUUACAAAGUGGGAUUGAAAUAUAUUUUAAUUGUGACUUUUUUUGCAAUUGAUCUAAACAACAAAAUACUCCAUAAAGGUGAAAAGACAAUUAUACAAACGUUUACAAGUUAAUAAAAAUGUAAUAACUAAAAUAGUUUAGUUGCAUAAGUAUUCACCCUUUUGUUUAGGCAAGCCUAAAUUUGUUUCGGAGUAAACAUGUGACUUAACAAAUCACAUAGUAAGUUACACAUGGACUCUGUGUGAAAUAAUAGCUGUUGACUUGAAUGACUAACCCUUCCUCUGUCCCCAAUACAUACAACAUCUGUAAGAUCCCUCAGUCAAGUUUUGAAUUUCAAGCACAGAUUCAACUACAAAGACCAGGGAGCUUUUCGAAAGCCUCUUAAAGGGUUAAAAGUCAACAACAACAAAAAGAAGGGAAGUGAUUGGUAGAUGGGUAACAAUAACAAAUCAGACAUGGACUAUCUCUUUAAGAAAGGUCCUAUUAAUAAUUAUGCUGUGGAUGAUGUAUUAAACCACCCAGACACAACACAGAUACAGUUAUCCUUCUGAACUGAGAUGCAGGACAGGGAGGAAACUGCUGAGGGAUGACACAAUGAGGCCAAUGGUGAUUUUAAAACAGCUACAGAGUUCAAUGGCUGUGAUGGGAGAAAACUGAGGAUGGAUCAACAACAUUGUAGUUAUGCUACAAUAAUGACCUGAAUGAGUGAAAAGAAGAAUAGAAAUAUACAGAAUAAAAUAUAUUCCAAAACAUGCAUCCUGUAUGCAACAAGGCACUAAAGUUAUACUGCAAGGAAACACACACUUUUUGGCCUAAAAGCAAAGCCUUAUGUUUGGGGCAAAUCCAACACAAUACAUCACUGAGUAACUGCCUCCUUAUUUUCAAGCAUGGUGGUGGCUGCAUCAUGUUAUGGGCCUUAAUGGCCAUGUACUCUUACAAUCUCCACCCGGCACAUCCAGAAAAGGACUGGCAACCCCUCAUAGCCUGGUUCCUCUUUUCUUUCUGGGUUCCUGCCUUUCUAGGGAGUUUUUCCUAGCCCCCGUACCUCUACAUCUGCAUUGCUUGCUGUUUUUAGGCUGGGUUUCUGGUUUUAGGCUGGGUUUCUGGUUUUAGGCUGGGUUUCUAUUUUUAGGCUGGGUUUCUGUUUUUAGGUUGGGUUUCUGGUUUUAGGCUGGGUUUCUGUUUUUGGCUGGGUUUCUGUUUUUAGGCUGGGUUUCUGGUUUUAGGCUGGGUUUCUGUUUUUAGGCUGGGUUUCUGUUUUUAGGCUGGGUUUCUGGUUUUAGGCUGGGUUUCUGGUUUUAGGCUGGGUUUCUGGUUUUAGGCUGGGUUUCUGGUUUUAGGCUGGGUUUCUGUUUUUAGGUUGGGUUUCUGGUUUUAGGCUGGGUUUCUGGUUUUAGGCUGGGUUUCUGGUUUUAGGCUGGGUUUCUGUUUUUAGGCUGGGUUUCUGGUUUUAGGCUGGGUUUCUGUUUUUAGGCUGGGUUUCUGUUUUUAGGCUGGGUUUCUGGUUUUAGGCUGGGUUUCUGGUUUUAGGCUGGGUUUCUGGUUUUAGGCUGGGUUUCUUAAUAAAAACUCUGUGACAUCUGCUGAUGUAAAACAGGCUUAAUAAAUACAUUUGAUCGAAAAUGGAUUGUAAUGGGUGUGCUUGACAUUGGCAAAGAUUAACCCAAGAAGACUCACAGCUGAAAUCACAGGGGGGGAGGGGGGAUACUUCAUUAAUUAAUUUAUACUUCAAAAAUUGUAGAUUUUUUUCCCCCACUUUGACAUUACUGAGAUCAUUGACAAAAAAAGUACAAUUAAACCUAUUUUAGUCCCACUUUGUGAAAGAAAUCCAAGGGAGGGGAAUAUCUAUGAUACCCUCUGUACAGUAUAUCUUUCUCAUUCACAUGAAGAGUGAGACAGAAUUCAGAUAUGGUAUGGUAAUUGAGUCCACAAAUACCUUUCCACUUUGCUAGAUUCUUUUUCAAUAAUUUAUUGUACACUAAAGUCUAUGUUAUUAUUUGUCAAAAUAACCUUUUUCUAGGAACUAACACUAUUUAUAUCUAGUAUUCCUAUGGGGGAAAUUGUACAGAGUUGCAUGACAGCAUUCAGGAUAUGGAGUUUACAAGACUGUUAUACCCCGGAUAGAGUUUGUCAUAAUAGUUAUCCUGAUCAUACCAUACAAAGUCUAAUGCAGUUAUAGUUAAGUCUGGAGCAUGUUUAGAUAUGCAAACCUUGAUAGAGUACUCUGUAGUCUCGCUGGUGAAAUCUCUGUUGAUCGAUAUGUUUGUAUGACUGUUGUGUGCUAUUUAUUGCAUCAGUUGUUCAAUCUUAUUUUUGUGGUUGUUCACAAAUCACAUCACAAAUCUUCCAUCUGUCAAUACCCUAGUCUAAAACCCUAGUUUCCUAUGAAAUAAUAUUGCUUUCUGUCAAAUGAUACACUGUACCUUUAAGCUACAAAAAGUGGGAAAACUGUUUUAAAUAAUAAAACAUUUAGAUGAACUUGGCUUAACCCAAAACAUCAACUCAAUAUUCAACAAUGUUUCUCAUGUUCAAAUAGUGUAUUAUUUCCAUUCAGGUCUAAAAUGCUGUUGGUGAUAAUCAAUAGUUAAUAGGGGAUGGAAAUGUAAUGACAGCGAGUGAAGCCAUUUCAACCUUUGGGUGAAGUGUAAAUGCAGCAGCCAACUGCCAACAGUGUGCUGUGCUGUGUCCCUGGGCAGUUAGGAGUUCACAGAUUCUUGCUUAAUGCUAUAUUAAUGAUUUCCCCUAUCACCCUGUCACAGGGAAAAGGGACGAGACACUGAAUUACUCUAAAUAAUCAAUUAUAUUAAUGCAGUACACACAGUAUCGAGAAUGAAAAGCAUUGUAAGGGCAAAAUCACUCUGCAGUGCUGCAUAUCGCCAUACUCACUCAGUUAGUUUCCUAGAUUUUCAGACAAUGACCAUGGAGUAAGACAUAGACCAAAGGGCUUAAUUAUGGUACUGGAAAGCUUUAUAAAUUAUAUUAUUUUCUCAUGGAAAAGGUUAAGGAGUCCUGAAGUUUAUGAGGGAUGUUUGUGUGUGUAUGUGUAUGUGUAUGUAAACAAAAAAUAAAUAAACGUCCUCUCACUG